GGCCUCAGGAGAAGUAGACUACCCAGUCUAGGUGCCAAUACUGGCAGUUCCUAAAGACAAGGUCUUUGCAUUGAGCGUGCAGAUUUGCUUACGCUCCUUUAGCUUUGGUCACUCUCAGUCUCCAUAGAAGUACUACAGCCGAAAAUAAAGCCCUCUUCUCUGCAGUGCCAAAAUCAGGCUGCUAUUGAAACCCCUACACUUCAAUUCUCACCAACCUUAAGCCACUUUCUCCGUGAGACCCUAAAGAAGGAGAAGAGCAGGGCGGAAAAUUUCUGAUCCGGCUAUCCACUCAAUGUUUAACCCCGGCAACAAUGCUCCCCAUGGAAUCCCUCUUUCCGGCGGCGGAGGAUUCUGGUGGGCAGUAGGAGCUCCUCACUCCAGAGCAGCUUUAGCCUUCACGGCCUUGGCCGGAAUCGCGGUGUUCGUUACUGUAUUCUACGCGACUAGUAGGUAAUCAAUGAGGGGAAAGAUCAGGUUCCUCUGUUCUGUGGAUUGUAAUUGAGAAAGAGAGAAUCAGAAAUUUCUGUUCUUCUUCGUUCUUUUUGGUUUUCUGGGAUUUCUGAGUAGUUGUGAGAAAAGUGAAGUAAAUGAAAGCUUUAAGACGAAGUCAUACUUCGUCGUCGUCUUCAAAUUCGUCUUCUCCAUCAUCUUCAUCAUCAGGAUCGUCUUCGUGGAUUCACUUGCGUUCAGUUCUUUUAAUUGUUAAUUCUUCCUCACCAGCUUCUUGUUCCUCUUCUGAUCGGGGCCAUCUUAAAUCGCCUUGGUCACGCAGGAAAAGAAAGCAUGUCCUUACUCCUCGGCAAUGGAGGAGAUUGUUUACACCAGAUGGGAAACUCCAUGAUGAAGUUAAAUUUUUGAAAAAAGUUCGCAGUGGAGGUGUAGAUCCAAGUAUUAGAGCAGAGGUUUGGCCAUUCCUCCUUGGAGUCUAUGACUCGCACAGUUCCAAAGAAGAAAGAGACACUGUAAGAACCCAAAAAAGAAAGGAAUAUGAAAAACUCCGAAGACAGUGCCGCCGGCUCCUCAAGCAGAGCAAUGGGAGCUUCAAGUUAAAUGAGAGUAGUGAACCAAGCAACACUGUAGACAGUAGAGGUCUUGUUCAAGAUACAGACUCUUCUGAGGAUGUGGUUAGUGCCAGGGAAUCUCUUUCCAGUGAGGAAAGGAGUCCAGAUGCCGAGUACUCUGAUGAUCCCUCUAGUACACUGUUGGAAGGUGAUGAUAGUUCAAGACCACAAACAACAAAUGGUGAUGCUACUGCAGUAAACACUGAAUCAUCUGACUCGGACUCCUCUGAAGACCCUGAAGUUGUCAUACAGGCUUCAUCUUCUUCAGAAGGCCAGGAAAAGAAUGAACACAAUGAGCCUUCCAAAGAGUUUAUAUCUCCGUCAAGGACUGAGCUCCACUUGCGCACACCUGCUACUGAAAAUUUUGCUACAUGGCAGCGGAUCAUUCGUGUAGAUGCAGUGCGUGCCAAUUCAGAAUGGAUACCUUACUCCCCAUCUCAGGCUUCAGUGUCAGAGGAAAGAGCACGCUUUUCUGCUGAAGCUGUUGGGCUAAAGGACUACGAACAUCUGGAACCCUGCAGAAUUUUCCAUGCUGCCCGAUUAGUUGCUAUUCUUGAAGCUUAUGCACUCUACGACCCUGAAAUUGGCUACUGUCAGGGUAUGAGUGAUCUACUUUCUCCUAUUAUUACUGUUAUGACAGAGGAUCAUGAAGCAUUCUGGUGUUUUGUGGGUUUCAUGAAGAAGGCUCGCCAUAAUUUUAGACUCGAUGAAGUGGGAAUUCGAAGGCAAUUGAAUAUUGUUUCCAAGAUUAUCAAACGCAAAGACUCCCACCUUUUCAGGCACUUGGAGAAGCUUCAGGCUGAGGAUUGUUUUUUCGUUUAUAGGAUGGUGGUGGUGCUGUUCAGGAGGGAGUUGACUUUUGAACAGACAAUUUGUCUCUGGGAAGUAAUGUGGGCAGAUCAGGCAGCCAUAAGGGCUGGCAUUGGCAAGUCAGCAUGGAGCAGGAUAAGGCAGCGAGCUCCACCAACAGAUGAUCUAUUGCUUUAUGCUAUUGCAGCUUCAGUAUUGCAGAGGAGGAAAUUAAUUGUAGAGAAGUACAACAGCAUGGACGAAAUUUUAAGGGAGUGCAAUAGCAUGGCAGGCCAACUCGAUGUAUGGAAGCUGCUAGAUGAUGCACAUGACUUGGUGGUCAACCUGCAUGACAAGAUUGAGACGUCCUUCUGAUUGCUGCAUUUCGAGUAUGUCCACUAACUCGUUAAUUCUUUUCCUUCACUGGGAUAUUUCAAGUCUCCUUAUCAAAACUUCAAACAAGUACCACAGAGGCUAUCAAUUCUCAAUUAUGCUGGUUAUCACUCAAAUGAGAAAAUUUAUGUAGGCAUGUUUGCAUCUAAUCCUACCACCUCCUUGGAAUACAGCACCGUGUCUCUAGAUUCACUACCAUAUUGUGUUAAACUGGUAGGGUCUGUAUCCCAAUAUACCAAAUUGGAUGAGAAAUAUUGAGAUAUCUACGCUCUGAUUCUCAAAAUUUAUUUUUUUCCCCAUCGUCUCUAGAAUUGGAUUCUCUGUGUAACUGGCUGUUGGUGGAAGCUGUUUAAUUAAAAGCAGGGUUAGGUGCUUAUAGCUUGUUCUAGCAGCUGAAUAAUAUUUGUGUUGGAUAAUUUUAAUGCUGAAUUAUAGAGCAGCAAAUAGCAAUGCUAUACUUUCUUGAA